AUGGCUGCGACAUUGACGGCAGAGCUUGCGGUCAAGUUGCCGGCACAGUUGGGUGAAGGAUCCAUAUGGGACAGCCGUUCCAAGAAAUUACUUUGGUUGGACAUCUACAGUUCGAAGCUGUACCGCUUCGACCCAGUGUCGAACGACAACGAGGAGCAUGACCUUAGAAAGUUCUCUGCCUCCGUGAGCUCUGUGGUGCCGCUGUCUCAUGAAGUUGAUCCUGCGGGUGAUUUAGUGGCAGUCACACUGCGGGAGGGCUUUGCAAUGUAUAAUUUCCGAACGAAGAGCCUGGACAAGCUAGGCAACGAUCCACCAGUUCAUGAUUUCGAGCGGUUCAAUGAUGGCAAAGUUGAUCCGAGAGGUUGUUAUUGGGCAGGGACAAUCACACGAGACAAGGAUUUAAACAUUUGCAAAGGUGCCACUCUGUACCGCCGAGACGUUGAUGGCAGUGUCUCGGUGAUGCUGACCGACCUUAGCAUCUCCAAUGGCUUAAUUUGGAGUCGGGAUGGGCAAACCAUGUAUUACAUCGACACGCCUACCGGUCAAGUUGAUGCCUUUGAUUUCGAUCUGCAGAGCGGGGCGAUCUCGAAUCGACGCCCCGUCAUAACUGGUUUUGACUUCGAGAAAACAGGCUUCCCAGAUGGGUGCACGAUUGAUCAGAAAGAAAGGCUUUGGGUAGCUCGAUUCAAUGGCGGCUGCGUCGGCUGCUACGAUCCAGCGUCUGGCUGCCUCCUGGCAGAAGUGCAUGUGCCGCCAGAGGCAGGCAAGCAGGUGACAUCAGUUGCCUUCGGCGGCGAGAACUUGGAAGACCUUUACAUCACGACGGCCAGAGAAGGGUUUGGUGCUGACGAUGAGAAGCGCUACCCCUUGGCCGGAUCGCUGUUCGUGGUGCGAAAGGACAUGGUAGGCCGUCUGACCGAGCUGUACAUAGGUGACGUCCGACGUUACGAGAGCAGACCUUCAGGCCACUGUGGGCAGCCGGCUUUCUCACUGAUUGGCAGCUCGAUUUCAGUUGCGCUCCCUCUGGGAGCCAACUUCGAGCAAAUUGCGGUGGAAGCCAGAUUGAAGGCUGGCGUUGUGGUCAGAUUGAAGGAGGCUUCUGGCUUCAUGUUUUGCGGCCUGCAGUGGGCUGUAGAAAACCUUUCGCUGCCGGAUUGCGAAACUGCUGGUCUGAGCCAGAUCAGCAGUGGAUUGGCCGAGAGUGUCAUCUCCAACAUUUCCUCGCAUCCUGGCCUCCUCCUGACAGAUGCUGCUGCUGACAGUGCCGUCGGCGGAGAUUCCGGUGCGCUCAGUUUGGCAAUUCCGCUGAGCGUCAUUCGAGACACAUUGCUUGAUGAUCCUGCCUGCCUGGCGCAGCUGGUGGAAGGCGAGGCCGCAAGCCUUGUACCGUACGCGAAGGAGUUGCCCUGCUGUGGCUGGAUUCGGGCAGUUGGGCAUCAGCAGUGGUAUUAUCUGCGGAUGGCGCGCAAGCCCGGCGUUCUUCGGCAACCUACCCGCGUUGUCAUGGACGCUGCCUUGUGCAUGAUCAGGUGGGAGGGUGGAAGGCCGACUCUCAUGAAUUCUCCAGUGCGAGUUUCAAAUCAGAACAGCUCAUCUGGCAAGCGGAUCCAGUCAGUCGGUCACUGCAUCUAUGCAGACAUGUUUGGGCUGUGGGGCAUGGGCUCUUCGGUCCAGCCUCUCCUUGGCAAGGCCCAGCUGUGCCAACUUGCCAGGAUCGUGUGUGGAAAGAAGGGCAGAGCUGCGGUUUUGCAGAGCUCCGCAGCAGUGCAUCGCGGCUGCAGCGGCGGUGCUUUGGUAGCUGCGGAGACCGGCGAGCUGCUGGGCAUGGUGACUACCAAUGCCAAGCAGCAGGAUGGCGCAGUGUUGCCACACAUCAACUUCAUCUUGCCCGUCAGUCUACUUUCCCCGUUAAGCGCAUAUCUGGAAACCACAAAUGAGCCCGACGCUCUCGACACACUCAUCAAGGACUUGCAAGCUGCUGCUGCGGAUCCCGAAGAGCAGGGCUUCUGGAGGCUGGAGCCAGAGCAUCUCAAUUUGCCAAGCCGACUUGUGGCAAGGAAGAGCCACGUUCUGGAGAGCCUGGAUCAGCUUGAGAAGUUGGUUGGUGGACAGGAGGAGAUCAAUGCGAAGCACCAGAGCAAACUGUGA